AUGCGAGCGAAACAUACUUUCAUUGCGUCACUGGCUCCUGAUGCCACACCUCCGAAUAAGACGCCUUCAAGAAUUCGAACUCCAUGCAGAGUCAGAACACCAUUUUCAAAUAAGGAAAAUUUAACACCCGGAAACUUUAACAAAGAAAAUAUAACGCCCAAUGUAACCAUGUAUAGGGAGAAUUCAACCAAUAUAUUUGGGGCGGAUUCAACCAAUAUAUUUGGGGCGGAUUCAACCAAUAUAUUUGAAGAGGAUUCAACAAAUGUGUUUGGAACUGAUACAGCCAAUAUAUAUGGAGUUGAACCAACAAAUAUACAUAGAGAUUCAUCAAAUAUUCUUAAAGAAUCGAAAAUUGCCACUUCUGAUUGUUCUCAAACAGGCUACUUUGUCGUCGAUGAUGUUCCUAAUAAAAAGUACAAGAACGCUUUAGGUAUUGGAGUUGGGGUAGAUAUGCUUAAACAAAGGAUAGCAGACUUAGAAAGGGAAUUGAAAAACCAGGUUGAACGAUCCGGAAAAAUUUUGAGAGAUCUUGACACCACAAAAUAUGUUGCUUUAAGGUACAAGAAUGACUUACACGGACCCGUUUAUACUGAUGGCGAUCAAAAAUCAAUCAACAAAUUGCUGAGUCGCAUUAGUAGAAAUUGUGGUCCUGAUAUACUCAAAGAAUUUAAAGGAACUUGUGAUGGUUCUCAGCCUACAGUGUCUCAAAUUUUUGAGUGGCUUGAAGAUUCAGGUUAUUUGAUUCCUGCUAUCCUUCGGGAUUUUCGUGCUACGGAAGCAGUCGUAUGGUUAGACUUGACUUAUACUUUUGAAGCGAUGAAAAAAGAGGUCUCAGACAAGUUUAUUUCAGAAAAUAGUUUCAAGCCAACCGAUAAGCAAGUUCUAAAUCGACAUAUGUUGAUUUCUGGACAAUUAUUGGCUGUAUUUGCAUUGCCAAAUAGUUUUCAUCAACUGACAUCGUUGAGAUUGAGUUCUAUUCCUAUUAGAAAUACCGACAUUGUUAAUUUACGUGGUCUUAAGAUGUUGAGCGAGUUAUUCCUUGAUUACACUGGCAUUGGAAAUGAAGCCGUUGCUUACAUUGUGGCGCUCAAGAAGUCUCUACGAAAGAUUGAUUUCACAGGAAACAAAGAAAUUGAUGACGAUGCAGCUUGUAACCUUAUUUUCUUAGAAAAUGUUGAGAUGAUUUUCUUAGACGGUACUUCAAUGACAAUGGAUGGGAUUCGAAAGUAUGUCUCUAUGACGAAAAGUUCCAAGCUCUCACAAAUCACUAUUCCUAAGGAAUGUCGUAAUUAUCUUAAUCGACGCAAUGAAAUUUAUUGCAUUGAACGCAAACACGGAAUGUUAGAAGAUCCUUCACGUGUACAAUUCCUGUCACCUUCCCAUAUUCGGGCCCAAUUAAAAUUUCAUUAUGAAAUCAACGAUAAAAUCAUUAUCACAGGCCCAACAGAAGAAUUGGCCAAAACAUUAAAAAAUAUUUUGACGCGUCGUAGAAAUGACGCAAAAGUGAUGUAUUUGGCUGGUGGAC